CUUCGAAUCGGAGUCCCCCCCCACCCCCCUCCCCUCUCUCUUCCCUCUUCCCUCUUCCCGUCGUCCCGCUUUCUCUCCUUGGUAUCGAGAUCGAGGUAGAAGUCGUGAGAGAAUGGGGCUUCUUUCCAACAGGAUCGGGAAGGGGAGCUUGAAGCCAGGGGAUCACAUCUACUCGUGGAGAACUGCUUACGUCUACGCGCAUCAUGGAAUUUAUGUGGGGGAUGAUAAGGUCAUCCAUUUCACUAGAGGACGAGGUGAAGAAGUGGGGACUGGAACUGUUCUAGAUCUCCUCCUUGUAAGUUCUGGCCCUAAGCGAAAUCGAACCCCCUGUGCAACCUGCAGUGCCCAUCUAGCUGAGUCCCAUGGUGUAGUGUCCUCGUGCCUUGAUUGUUUCCUGGCUGGUGGAGUCCUUUACCGCUUUGAGUACAGUGUUAGCCCUGCCCUCUUCCUUGCCAAGGCUCGGGGUGGUACAUGCACUCUUGCAGUCUCUGAUCUGGAUGAAAUAGUGGUCCAUCGGGCUAAGCAUUUGCUCAACAAUGGCUUCAGAUGCUACAAUGUAUUCAAGAACAACUGUGAGGAUUUUGCCAUUUACUGUAAGACAGGACUUCUUGUGGCGGAACAAGGAGUGGUUGGACAAAGUGGACAGACGAUAUCCAUCAUAGGUGGGCCACUUGCUGCAGUUCUGUCAACACCAUUCCGACUUCUUACAACAAAUGUGUAUGGAAUGGCGGCAACAGCUGUUGGAGUUUACUGUGCCAGCCGGUAUGUUGCUGACAUUGGAAACCGGAGGGAUGUCUUAAAAGUGGCUGUAGAGGAUCUGACAGCAGGACUAGCAGCAGGUAGAGUUCAGGUGGUCGACAAUGGAAGUCAGAUGGCUCUGCCUGCUAAUCAGAUGGCUCUGCCUGCUAAUGGUUAGUGCUUCUGAUUAUAUCGCAUGGAGGUAUAUCAUUUAUGACUUUGCUUGUAUUCUAAAUGGAGGUAUAUCUCUUCAAGAAUACAAUAAAUUGAGGCUUGCUUGCACAGAUGACUUUUUAUAAGUUGCUUGAUUGAACUGAUUUGAUGUCUAUUGUUCCAUGUUCUUUGUAAAAAUCUUGCUGUUAAAUCAUGGAAAAGAUAAAUCAGUCAAAUGUCACUUGUAUUCUGGUAAAA